AUGUUUCUUUUUCUGCUUUCUGUGAAAUACUAUGUAAAGUUUCACGGAGCCAAAAAUGGAUUUUGCCAUCCAUACAAUCCAUGCAACUAUAAAUCGAUCGAAAAAUUUCUUGAUCAGGAUUCCGAAAUUAUUAUUCGUGACAAACAAUUAUCAAGUAAACCACAAUUAGAUGAGUUUCGUGCUCUAGUUGAAAAAGUAUCCAAAACUGGAUCCAAAUUAUAUGGUUGCUGCACAAUAAUCAACGGAAUUACAGCUCUUCUGGUAAAAGUAUUAAUAACAAUAUCCAGAUCCAACGGGUUUGUAUUAAAUGGGUUCACAUUUACCAAUUUUAUUAUACCAAUAUUUAAUAUUGAAAAUUCAAAAGAUAUAUUAUUUUCAAAUAUUUCGAUUCAAUCUUGCAAAGCAUCAACAUUCGAUUCAUUCUUUUAUGUAAAGGAUAGUACAGUAGUUUUUAAUGAGCUAAACGUUCAGCAAACUUCGAUAAAUUACACUUCUUUAUUUAAGUUCUUCAGAUCAUCUGUUGCCUUCAAUAAAACAAAUAUGAUACAGAACUUUGCAUUCCACACCCAUGAUCAGCCAUUUAUUUUAUGUAUUAAUUCCAAAUUUUCAAUUCUUCACUCAAACUUUCUCAGAUGCUCAACACAAUUCUCUCCAUUUAUUUCAGCCCAAGAUCGCAGCAGAAUAAGGCUGUUUAACUCUACUUACGAUGAAUCUCGCCAUUAUGGUUUAAUUUCUUUGGAAAACGGAAAGUCCCAGGCGAUUAUAGAUAACUGUACAUUCAAUAAAUUCUAUGACGCCAUUAUUUAUUCAAACGUUGAACUAUCUGAAACAGAAAUUUCAGAAUCUCUUUUUAUUCACAAUUUCGGAUACGACAUGAGCAUGAUUCGAAUAGCCAAAGGCAAAGUAUCAGUAAACAAAUCAUUAUUUGUUGAUAACAGUGGAGAUUCCGUGUUUAAUGUUUCAGGUGUCAGUUCUACAAUGAAUAUAUGGAAUUCCAAGUUCAUAAAUAAUAAGCCUACCAAUUAUAUCAUCAGAUGCAUUGAUAAUGGAAAGUUUGAAAUGAAACAAACAACAUUUGAAAGAAAUUAUUUCGGAAACUACUCAAUAAGUUCAUCAUCAUGCAUAGGAGAUGUCGACAGAGCAACAUACAUGGAUAAUACUGGUUCAGUUCUUUAUGGUUAUGGCGGAAACAUCAAAUUUACAAAUAAUUACAUUCAAUACAGGCAAAAAGAUGUCGCAGCACAACAAAUCAUCUACAAGGAAAGCAUUAUAUUCGAUAACCAAGGUACAGAUAUUGUAAUCAGAAAUUCAACUAAAAAUAAUCUUCCUUUCCUUGAGAAAUACGUUGAGAAGAACAUGUAUCCUAUAAAGACUCCAGUUCCUCCUCCAAUGAUGAAGGGAAUUCUUCUGAUUGAGGACAUUUUCGAUAAAAAAGAAAAAAAAAAGGAACAAAAGGAAAGGGAAGAGAAACAAAGAAAGAAAGAUGAAGAAGAGAUGGAAGACUAUGUUGAGACUGACCUUCCUCCACAUUUAAGAGGUUCUUUUGAAGAAUAUUUUGCAUCUUCUGAAAUUCAACCGGAAGUUACCAAGAAAUACAUUCCAAUGGCAGGCAAAAUUACUGGAUAUAUAGUUCUCUUUGUAGUUGUUCGUAUGCUAAUAUAUUUUGCAAUCAAAAUUUAA